UUACAAAAUUACUUGAUUAUGAUCUUAAUCCACGUGGUCCUUGCUCUUGCUAGAGGAAAAAGACUCAUCAACCACCAGUGAGAACUCGUGAUUAAAGAGAAGUACAUAGCUAAACUCUGUCGUGAUACAAAUAAUAUGAAGACAAUGUAUUUGUGGGAUCCUUUUUUCCUCGUCAAUCAAAUCCAAAGUGCCUCCUUUGAUAGUAUAAAUGGCCUAAUUUUGAUGAAAAGUUUUGAAAGCAACACACAAGUUGAUUUCACUGACGACAAAGUUCUAAUUACUACUCAAAGCAACACUUCAGUCACUGCUUUUGAUUUUGAGAUCAUUUCAUUUGAGAACUGCAAAUAGAGCACUGUGAUAGAUUGCAUAACCUUUCAUCGUGGAAGUGUAGACUUCUUAAAGUUCUCUAAAGACUUUGAGCCACUUAAUGAGCGUAAUUCGUCAGAACUUCAACCAGCUCAUGUUCAAAACGACUCAGACAGCAUUCUGGAGCUGCAGAUCCCAAUGGCUAAAGUACUGCAAAACAAUACUCUGAUGUUGGUUCUCUCUUGUGAAUCGUUCAAAGACCAAAUUUUUGUUGUGCAGUUCAGAGGUACACCUCUCUCUGAACUUGUUGUGUCGAAGCUCAAAAAAGUUGACAUCAACAUCAGCAAAGUCAAAGCUUUGUCAGUGUUUUCAAAGUUCGAAAGCAAGACUGAGAACAUGCUAUACUGAAUACUCGUCAACGACAAAGGACAGAUCAUGACUCUGAAGAUCACUGUUCAUACAUUCAGGAUUCAACUUCCAGGAUACGAGUUGAUGUCCAGAGAGCAGACUGAGCCAAUAAGAUCAGAGAUAAUCAGAUCCAGAGAUCAUCACGGUUUCACUGACUAUGUCUCAGUGAUGAAUCACUACAAAGGCAAGACUGAACUAGUGAUGAUGCAGAUCCACAACUCUUCUCAGUUUUAUUCCCACACAUUUCACAAAGAAAUCUCAGAGUUUUCAGCAUAUUGUUACACUCAGCAGUACAUGAUGGCUUUUAUGCAAUUCUCAGAUGGAAGUAGUCUCAAACUCCAUACAAAAAUGAAACAAGACAAUGAUUUUGAAAUCAGACAGGAUCCUGUGGUUAAUCCUAUCGUUGAACUAAGCACUUCUGCUUGUCUGUAUAAUGGGUUCUUGGUCUUUGUAAAUUACUCAACUUCUGACUUAUUAAAGAUACAUAAAGCUACAUUUGCAAACUGCCAGCUCAACUUUACCAUGCAAUACAAGACUGAGGAUCCAGAAGUAGCUCAGCAAUGUAUGCACAAAAUGCAGAUGUUGGUAGCUCCAAGUCUGAGACAAAGAAGCAGCCAAGCAUUCUUAUAACAGCUCUAUCAUUUGUCAUCGGAAUGAUCGUCUGAAUCAUCAUUGUGUCAAUAAUUAUUUACAAACUGAUGGCAACUGGCUACAUCAGACUUGGCAAUGAACAAGGCGAUGACUCUGGAGGUGAACAGGAUGUCAAUAUUCAUCACAAUGAAGGUGGACCUCACACCAUUGUCACUCAUAUAAGUGAUAAUCCAAAAUUUAAUGAGCAUGAAACUUGCUGAAUUUGAAUGACUUCAAUAAACGAAUCAGUAGAUACUCAAGAUAUAAAACACUUGUUGGAAUCAACCAGCUCGUGGCCAAUCUCGAGGUCUGACACCAAUUCUCAAAGACCUACAUUGCCAUUCAACAUUCCUGAAACAACUGUCAAGAAUCAAGUAGUGUUUGUAAAGAUCCCAAAUAAGUCAGAUGAACCUGAUUCACAAAAUCAGUGCUUUGACAACAGCUUUGAUGAGCGUAUAUCGAAGCCCAUACAGCUUCACCCAUGGUUGCACUCUUUUCACCAGAUUUGUCUUACAGGAUGGUUGCAAAACUCUGUUUCAUGUCCGGUCUGCCGUGAAGAUGUCGCCAAUGUGACUUAAUUCAACUUGAGUAGAUCUUUUA